UCCAGCUCUCACACACUCCCUCUCUUUACUCUGAGGGUGUGUGGACCACUUUUGCUGAAUGUAUAUGUUCCUGCUGCAAGAGUUGACCAAAGAACAAAGAAGACCAACAGCCAUACAGCAUCCAGUGUCAUCAUGUACAGUUUCAGCUUUCCACUGGUGCUAUUGUGUCUACAGGUUUGCAUCCUCCUUGUGUUUGGUGCACCAACUCAAUGCCCAAGCCAGUGCCACUGCCAUGGGGACCUGCAACAUGUUAUCUGUGACAACGUUGGACUGAAGAAGAUCCCCCCCAUAUCUGAGGCCACCCGUCUUCUAAACAUGCAACGCAACAACCUUGGAAAUCUGCCAACCGGGGGCUUCAGUGAGAUGAAGGGGCUAGUUUCUCUGCACCUACAGCACUGUCAGAUCCGAGAGAUCUCCAGUCAGGCUUUCAAAGGACUGAAGAAACUCAUCUACCUCUACUUGUCUAACAAUGAGAUCAGCACCAUCAAGCCAGGUGCUUUUGAGGACCUAACCGAACUGACCUAUCUCUACUUGGAUGGUAACCAAAUUACAAGUCUUCCGAAGGGAAUCUUUUCUCCCAUGAUCAACCUCUUUAUCCUGCAGCUCAACAACAACAAGCUUGGAGAGCUGCAGGCUGGUACUUUCAAUGGUACUAGUGAUCUCCGAUGGCUUUACAUGAGUGGCAACGAGUUGAGCUCCAUACAGCAAGGUUCUUUUGAUGAAGUGGAGAACCUGGCCAUUCUAACUCUGGACCACAACAAGCUGUCCACAUACCCUCUCCUGGCUAUGAGCAAGCUGCGAGUGGUGGAGGAACUCAACCUGUCCAAAAACCCUCUCAGCGUCAUCCCUGACCACGCUUUCCGGAGCUUUGGCCGCUAUAUGGAGAAGCUCCAUCUAAAUGACAUGAGCCUGGAGAAGUUCUCCAAUGCUGCCUUUGAGGGAGUGACGGCCCUCAGAUCUCUGCACCUUGAGAACAACAAGCUAAAAUCACUGCCAAGCAGCCUUGAGUUCAAAACCCUCCAGAACAUCACUCUGUUUAACAACCCCUGGAGCUGCACCUGCCAGUUAGCAAACCUCAAAAAAUGGAUGGAUACUAGCCGCCAUCGCCCUGAUGCAGUUUGUGCCUCUCCUGGAAGCCAGAAAGGAAAGCAAAUAAGAGACAGCACUGCUUUCAAACGCUGCAAGGCAAAGACAAAGAAGCCCAGGAAGGGAGCACGGCUUUGAGUUGGAGGACAGGGAGAAGAGGCCUGUCCAGAUGUUGGGACUUCAAUGUGCAGAAAAGAAAAAGCAAUGCAGACUGCUACAUUGGGACUGUCCAUUUCCUCUUUCACUCAUUUUUUUGUUUGACAUAUAGAUGCGCUGACUCAAUACAUACUAAAUAACAUGAAUAAAUGUUAUUUUAUAAAUAUGUGUUCAGAGACAUUGACAAACACCCUGACGGAGCAACUGUGUGUGUUUGCAAAGAGAGUUUUCACAAACAUGUACACCGCAAACCAUGGUUCAAACUCUCAGUGUUCAUUGUUAUUGUAAUGUAUUUGCGAAUUAAAAAACCUGGUAAUAAAUCUAACAUCAUCACAGAACUAGUUUCUACACCACAGUAAAAAUCAGGACUCUUCUCCAUAAAUGAGAAUUGGUCUAAUAUUUUUGCAUUGAUUAGCAUUUACAUAGAAAAUUGUGCACAGAUAAUUCAUCAAACACCUCAAGAUUGUAUGUUUAGUUUUGUUUUGUUUUGACAAAUAGAAAUGUAUAUAUAUAUAUACAGCACACUCCCAGGGUAGAAGCACUUAAAAUUAUAUAACCAAAGAGUUAUAAUCACAACCGAGCUCUUUAUGAGGAUCCUCUUUUAAUAUAGUGAGUUCAUCCCUAGCUUUAAACAUCUCACAGCAUCCUGCAAGGAAUUUCUGGGCUUUGUAAAACAGAACAAGCCUUGACCGUGACUAAAGCUGACACAUUCAAGAUGUGACCUGACCUGACCUCUUCUUUACAUCUCUGACCAAUGUAAAACGCAACACAGGCCAGGAAAACAUGGACUCCUUAUAGCCAUGAAAAUGGUAAAUGGGAUAAUGUAAAGACUAUGGAGGGAAUAACACAGCUAGUCAUUAUCACACAAUAAAUCUAGAAAGGAUGAAUAUACAGAUUAGCUAUUAAGAAUUCUUUGACUGACCAAUCAAAAUUAAGAAAUUACACAAAUGAUGGUGGUGCCACAAGAAGAGUAUUUACGAAAUUGAGACAAAUGGAGGUUCUCCAGUCUAAUGUUUUCAGUUUGUUACUGUUAUGUACUCAUGCUCAAUAAAAGACAUACAAAGC